CCCUAUCCAAUAAAGGCUAGUGUUUAUCAUGUAAAUAAAGAAGAAAAUAUAUAUAAAUAUAAGGUCUCCUUCUUCCCAAGAACACUGUAAUAUCACUUCUUCAAUUCCCCAAAUCAUAAUUCAUUCACUCUGAUCUUUCAAGAUUUUCCUUUGACAACUUUUCACAAUCAUUUGAUGGACGCUUGUCUCUCGUACCACAAAAUCCCCAAUUUUUCGAUCUCUCUGAAGCCAUUUUCGAUUGGUCAUCAUAAUAAUUGUAAUACUUUGUUUCGACAGUACUCGACUCUCAAUUUCCGUACCUCUGGUUUCAGAAUCAGACCUUUGACGGUGAUCGCCGCCGCUGGUCCGAGCCACUGCCAGUUUAGUAACCUGAACUCGCCGCUGGAGCCGCGGACCCCGACCGGGAAGGAUCUUAUCGGCGUUUUGCAGAAUCAUCCGCAGCUGUUUCACCUUGCUGUUGCCGAUGAACUCAAGCAGUUGUCUGAUGAUCGAGGUCACGCUCUUAAUCGGAUGAACCUCACCGCUGGAUCCCCUGAUGCCUGCCUUCACAGGAGGAUUGCACAAAUGAAGGAGAAGGAGUGCCAGCUUGCAGUUGAAGAUAUCAUGUAUCUAUUGGUGUUUUACAAAUUUUCCGAGAUCAAAGUUCCUUUGGUUCCAAAGCUUUCCCAUUCUAUAUAUAAUGGACGACUGGAGAUAAGGCCUUCAAAAGACUGGGAGCUAGAAUCAAUCUAUAGCUUUGAUGUUUUGCAGAUCAUAAGGGAUCAUGUUGCUGCAGUCAUUGGAUUGAGAGCAAACUCAAGUGUCACUGACAACUGGGCAAUCACAACAAUUGGCAGAUCUGCACUUCGUCGAAAGUAUGUGUCCUCCAUCUUAUAUGGAUACUUUUUGAAGUCUGCUCUGUUGAGGCUCCAAUUAGAGCAAUGCGUGGCUUUGGACAGCCAAGAUCUUCCCCCAAGGCAGAGGGCAUCUAUUCAGCACCAUGGAAUUAAAAGUCUUCUGUUUGACCGCAUUAGCAGCAUGAGAUCCGAGUCACAGAACCUAGGACUAAACAGUCAGGAAAAGCAACCUGUUGAAGAUUUGAAAUGUUAUGUGAUGGGUUUUGAUCCCGAGACAUUACAGAGAUGUGCAACAUUGAAAUCUAAGGAAGCCACGAAUUUGAUUGAAAAUCACAGUCGUGCUCUUUUUGGGGACGAGGAAACUUGUUCACUCGAGGCUGAAGAGGUUAUCUUGACCUCAUUUUCGAGCCUGAAAAGGUUAAUAUUAGAGGCUGUUGCUUUUGGAUCGUUUCUUUGGGACACAGAGGAAUGCGUCAACACUGUCUAUAAGCUAAACGAGAACUGACUGGCCGAAAGAAGAGUUUUUUCUAUUGUACAAAACACGAGCAGUGACCGUGAGAUGAUGCUUUGAGGAGCUUACUUCUGUAAAUAGAACGAUCCUUGCCGCGCUUGGACUCUGCGAUGAAAGAGAGCUCUCUCAGAUUUACCAUUGUACAUAGUAUUUUAGUAUAUAGUUUUGGAAGAGUAAGAGGCACCACCUCAGUGUGUGUUGUUCUAAACUCAAAUAUCCUGCCAGUGUAAGAUUUUAUGCCACUAUUCUUACUUAGUGGUAGUUGGUUAUGUUUAAUUAAGAUCCUUGAGUGAGGAUUGGUUUAAACUGUUUUCUCCUAAUUAAUAAGAGAUAUCAGAUCUUAUUAUA